CGAUCUCUGAUGAUGUCUCUUCCAGUUCUUUCUCCCGAUCUCAUAACGGAAAUCCUUUCAUGGCUUCCGGUGAAGGUUCUGGUGAGAUCGAGAUGCGUUUGCAAACAAUGGAAAUCGCUCAUCUUUGAUCCAAGAUUCGCUAAACUUCAUCUUGAAAGAUCACCCAAACACACACACACCCUACUUACCAUACUCGAUAAUGUAAACGGAACUUGGGUCGUAAGUCUUAUACACUCAGUGCGUCGUUUACUCGAACACCCUUCCUCCAAUGUCAACGAAGAUGUGUCUUGCCGUUUUAAAAAUCAAUCUUAUCAUGCUAUAGGCUCUACCAACGGCUUGGUCUGUUUGAUCGGUGAUAAGUCAGAUGAUGAUGGAAACAGAGAAGAAAUUUUUAUCCAGUUCUGGAACCCGACUUUACGAUUAAGAUCCAAAAAGUCACCAACUUUGUGUAACACGUCUUCUGAUUUUAAUUUGUAUUCGGUACACCUUGGAUUUGGCUAUGAUGAUUUAGGAGACAAAUACAAGGUGGUGGCUGUGUUUUGGGAUCAUACAGUGCAGAAAUGGGAGGGGAAAGUUCAUUGCAUGGGCGAUAGUUGCUGGAGAAACACUCUCGCUUGCCAUGAUUUUCCAACGUUACUAAGAACUCUCAUCGGACAAUUCGUUAAAGGUAGUGUUAACUGGUUAUCACUUAAAAACUUAAACUGUCAUGGGUAUGAAUGGGAAAAUGUUACCAUGGAACAGUUAGUGAUUUUUUCACUUGAUCUACGGAAGGAAACAUGUAGGUAUAUGUUGCUACCUGACGGUUUUGGUGAAAAGCCCCAAGAUGAACCAGAACUGGCUGUUUUAAGGGGUUGCCUGUGCCUAUAUUAUAACCACAUGAAGACCCAUUUUGUUUUGUGGGAAAUGAGAGAAUUUGGAGUUCAAGAGUCUUGGACUCGGUUGGUGAAUGUUAGUUAUGAGCAUCUUCAAUUGAAUGAUUUUGAGCCUGAGUGGCUGCUGUUGCCAGUGUGUCUGUCGGAAAAUAGAGAUGUCCUGGUGCUGGCCAGCACACAAUCUUGGGAUGAUGUUAUUAUGUAUAAUCAAAAAGAUGGGAGGGUUCAACAUAUUGAAUUUCCUUACAACCAAAUUUGGUAUGCCUAUGAACAUAUAAAGAGCUUGGUUUUGCCUUGUCCUCAUCCUCAUCCACACUAAGCUUCUAUGUAGGAAACUGUUAAAUUUUUCAUAGCUACUGAUGGUUUCCUUAUCUAAGUGUUUUCCUUAUCUAGUUGCACUAUUUUAUUGGGUGAUUCCAUUGCUACUUAUUAGAUCAAAGUGUAUGGAUUGGAUGAAGAUAUUUUAAUUUUCUAUUUAUUACUAUUA